AACCCGCGGCGCGGCCGGAGCGCGGCCAGAGCGGGGCCGGGGCCGGGGCGGCGGGAGGGCGGCGGAGCUCUGCGGGCAGCGAGCGAGGGGAGCGGCGAGGGGCAGCUCCGGGACCGUCGGUGGGGGUGCGAGGAGAGUCCCCGGGGGCGGCCGCCGGCAGCGGGCGCCCGGCGGGGAGCGGCGUGCGGUGCUGUCGGGGCCGCCGUCGGCGGGUCGCGGCGAUGGGCAGCGUGAGGGGGCCCGGCGGGGCCGCCCUGCGUGCGUUGGUGUCGGUGGCCGCCGGGCUGCUGGCCUGCGGCGUGGCCAGCGAGUACGACUAUGUCAGCUACCAGUCAGACCUGGGCCCUUACCCUGGCGGGCGCUUCUACGCCAAACCCCACCAGUGUGUGGCCAUCCCUGCCGACCUGCGGCUUUGCCACAGCGUGGGCUACGACAAGAUGGUGCUGCCCAACCUGCUGGACCACGAGACCAUGGCCGAGGUGAAGCACCAGGCGAGCAGCUGGGUGCCACUGCUCAACAAGAAUUGCCAUAUGGGCACCCAGGUCUUCCUCUGCUCCCUCUUUGCCCCCGUCUGCCUGGACCGGCCCGUCUACCCCUGCCGCUGGCUCUGCGAGGCCGUGCGUGACUCCUGUGAGCCUGUCAUGCAGUUCUUUGGCUUCUUCUGGCCAGAGAUGCUCAAGUGUGACCAGUUUCCCCAGGAUGACGUCUGCAUUGCUAUGACAGCUCCCAAUGCCACCGAGGUCUCCAGGCCCAAAGGAACGACCGUGUGUCCCCCUUGUGACAAUGAGAUGAAGUCAGAGGCCAUUGUGGAGCACCUGUGUGCCAGCGAGUUUGCUCUUAAGAUGACCAUAAAGGAAGUGAAGAAGGAGAAUGGGGACAAGAUGAUCAUUCCACGCAAGAGGAAGGCACUGAAGCUGGGGCCCAUCCGGAAGAAGAACCUGAAGAAGCUGGUGCUGUUCCUAAAAAAUGGGGCAGACUGUCCCUGCCAUCAGCUGGACAACCUCAGCCACUACUUCCUCAUCAUGGGCCGCCAGGUGAAGACUCAGUACCUGUUGACAGCUAUCUACAAGUGGGACAAGAAGAACAAAGAGUUCAAGAAGUUUAUGAAGAAGAUGAAAUCCCCCGACUGCCCGACGUUUCCGUCCGUGUUCAAGUGAUGUGCUGGGCGGCGGGAGAGCCGCGCUCUGGACCUGCCCAGGCGGGCACGGCGGCUCGGCCUCGCUGCUCUGCAGCAGGGAUGCUGGAGCCCAGCCCUCCUGCUCCUCCAUCCUGCUCCUCAGAGCUCCCUCACCGAUCUCAGCCCUCCCACACCCUCGGCCUGAUCGCCUGCACGUGCUCCAAGCGGUCGCUGAGGUCACACACGAUUUACGUCUGCAUUGUCUAAAGGCCUCUUGUUGUACAGAUGUGUACAACCAUUGAAAUAGCAGCUGUCAGGUAAAGAGGGCAAGCACAGGGGUGUGAGGUGAUGUUAAGAGCUUGCACGCUUGCAGAAAGGACCCUCGUCACCACGUCACUCCCGUCUUCAUGGCUGCAGGAUUGCCCUGAAUUCCUGUGUGAGCCAGAGCUGGCUGAUUAGACACAGAUCCUAUCUUCAUGAUCAAAGUUAAUAAAUGAGUAGUGGAGAACCCAUUACAACCUCUGAUAAGAAUUCCUAAUAGCUAAUUGCCCUCACUGUAAAAAUAUCCCAUUAUAGUCUUAACCUGCUUAGUUUAAGCCUUAACCCUGGUUCCUUGUGGUGCCUUGUUGGGCUGGAGCCCUCUCUUACCAGCAUCUCUUGUGAUGUGUCCCUGGGUGCCUGCCUUGGCACCUGCUGUGCCAGCUGAGCCCCUGUUGCCCAGUGCUGUGCUGCACCCAGGCAGCCUCUGAGUCUCCACACUGUGCCCAGUGUGUUGGUGCCCUGGCAUGGGGAGCAGGGGCAGAGGGGGCUCUCUGCCCACCCCUGUGCCUUUGGCCUUGUGCAGGCCCCUGUCUCAGCAGUGUCCAGCUGAGAUCCCUCCCUGGGUGUGGCAGUUCCCGUGCACAGGUGCCCUGAGCUGCUGGUGCCCAAACCUGGCACUCCAUUUUAAGCCCGAGCAAAGGUUCAGUUGCUGGCCUGCCUGGGGCUUUGGCUGGGGGGAGCUCAUGGCCAGCUCCUCCAGCUCAUGUCACUCCCUCACUUUACCAGUGAUGUUUUUAUAGUUCCUUUAGGCUGCUGGCAAAGUACCAGAGUGCAGAAGGCCAAGGACUUUUCCCUGUGGAGCACCGCAGGGAAUGUAUCGUCUCUGUCUUCCCCUCUUUGCUGUGGGACCCAUCAGUCUGGGGUUUUGUCUGUUUGAUCUAUGGCAACUUGGCUCUCUAUCAUUAUGUCUUUUUUGCCCUAAUUGAAAUGUCAUGUUUGUAUGAUUUCAAAUAGUUUAUGAAAGACAAAGAAUGUCUUACACAAAUGAUUACAUUUAUCGACCAAGCUGAAAUUCAUUAUUCUGUUAAUUGGACUAGUUCUCUUUUUCAUAGACCCAUACCACUCUGUAUUCAUUAUCCUUCCUCCUUCCAUUUAGUAUUCUCAUCCAUCACCAAUACUCUGAGAGAAUGAAUAUCUGAUGUCUGAGAUAAUCCUGUUGUAUCACAGUUAAGUGAAAUAACAAAUCCUCAUUUCUGAGGUUUGAACCAAACCCCCUCGAAACUGGUGCAUUAAUUAUUCCUUAGCUUGGGAGUGGUGCUUAUUUCCCACAUGGGGACAGAGCCAUGGACUUGGUUGUAGAAGAAUUCCAUUAACAAGCCAAGUACUCUGAGGAAUGAUGUUUCACAGCUAACAGAGAGAUGGAUUUAGGAUGUGAACUUUGUAGAGUCCCCUUAGGUUGUCUUAGACCACCAUUUGUAGUAGUGUUGUUUCUUUAUUGCAAAAUUAAUCAUUGUAGAUAAUGUGCUUUAUUAGUGAAGUAAAGAAAUAAAUAAACCAUGGGCUUUAACAUCA